AACUUACCUCCCAACUAACACACAUUUACCUAUUUUAAAUCUGUCACGCUAUUACUCCCAACAUGCCUAGAAGACUAUAUAUAGUCCUAUUUAAUUUCUCUAUUCAAGGUGUUGUGGAUAACAUUCACUGCAUAGAAAAGUAGACACAUUUGAUCUUUGCAAAAAGAAGAAAUAUGGGAGAUGAAGGUAUAGUGAGAGGUGUCACAAAGCAGGUUACCGCCGGGAAGGCUACUAUAUUGGCUCUUGGCAAAGCUUUCCCUCACCAACUUGUGAUGCAAGAAUAUUUAGUUGAUGGAUAUUUUAGGGACACUAAUUGUGACAAUCCUGAGCUUAAGCAAAAACUGGCUAGACUUUGCAAGACAACCACAGUGAAAACAAGGUAUGUUGUUAUGAAUGAGGAGAUACUUAAAAAGUAUCCCGAACUUGCUGUCGAAGGCGCCUCCACCGUAAAACAACGACUAGAGAUAUGUAACGAGGCGGUGACGCAAAUGGCAAUCGAGGCUUCCCAGGUUUGCAUAAAGAAUUGGGGUGGAUCUUUAUCGGACAUAACUCAUGUGGUUUAUGUUUCAUCCAGUGAAGCUAGGCUACCCGGCGGUGACCUUUACCUAUCAAAAGGACUGGGACUAAACCCUACUAUUCGACGAACCAUGCUCUAUUUUUCGGGAUGCUCAGGAGGUGUGGCUGGUCUACGCGUUGCGAAAGACAUAGCUGAGAACAACCCUGGAAGUAGAGUUUUGCUUGCUACUUCUGAGACUACAAUUAUUGGAUUCAAGCCACCAAGUGCUGAUAGACCUUAUGAUCUUGUUGGCGUAGCACUCUUUGGAGAUGGUGCUGGUGCUAUGAUAAUUGGUUCAGACCCAAAAUUGGAAACUGAGAUGCCAUUAUUUGAGCUACACACUUCAGCUCAAGAGUUUAUACCAGACACAGAGAAGAAGAUUGAUGGGAGGCUGACGGAGGAAGGGAUAAGCUUCACGUUAGCGAGGGAACUUCCUCAGAUCAUUGAAGACAACGUUGAGGGAUUCUGUGACAGACUAAUGGAUGCUGUUGAGUUGGAGAAUAAGGAGUAUAAUAAGUUGUUUUGGGCUGUGCAUCCAGGAGGGCCUGCGAUAUUGAAUCGCGUGGAGAAGCGACUUGAGUUGUCGCCAGAGAAGCUGAAUGCUAGCAGGAAAGCUCUUAUGGAUUAUGGAAAUGCUAGCAGCAAUACCAUUAUUUAUGUGCUUGAGUAUAUGCUAGAUGAGAGCAAGAAGAUUAGAAAGGAAGGAGGAUAUCCUGAAUGGGGUUUGAUACUUGCUUUUGGACCUGGAAUUACUUUUGAGGGGAUUCUAGCAAGGAACCUAUGUCCUUGAACCUCCUAACAACCGUGAUACAAGGCUUAUUAAAAUUAUUAUUAUAAUAUAUUAUCAUACAUAAGAUGUAUUUGUGAGAUCAUCAAGGUCAAAAGCAAAUUGAGAACUUUAAUUAAUGAUCAAAUGAAGAAGACUUUUUUAGUAUA